UAAAAGAUUUAUUGACUGGCUGACUGGGAGAUUUUACUUAUAAUUUUGGAAAUAAACCAAUGAAUGUUUCCACGUACUCCCUAGUUGUGAAACACUGCAGUUGAGAGCACAAACCUCCACCAACGUUGACCUAUGAAUGAAAAUGAAAGCUAUUCCAAGAACUUUGGAUUUGGGCUUGUUUAUCCAGUUUGUUACAUAGCAGCCGACUUCCUGGUUAAUGGAGGAUGAAGAAACACCGGGGGUGCUAAUAUGACUCUGGAAGUCAAACGGUUCCAUUGGUACCAUUUUGACUCACAUGGUGGAAAGAAAUGCAACCUUGUCCAGAUCAUCACCAAAAGCUCACGUCCCUGUUCAGAUGUCUUCAGAUGAAGAGGCCAGCGUCCCAGUGUUGCCGACAGAAUCAACAUAUCGUAGCAACUCUGCCUGCACUGAACUUCAUGAUGAAUAUGAGGAGCUCCUCCAAAGUGCAGUGGCUUCGCCAAGAUUUGAGGCUGCUGCUGUUGCUGGCCUGGUGGGGAGAGACGUCUCACGUUUGUCUUCAGAGGAUCACAAUUCACAGAUCAAUUUACUAGUAGCAGAGAAGACCAGGAAGACUACCACCAGAGGUUUGGAAAGCUCAGACAGGUUACAGGAUGCAUCUGAGAGUGUGCAGCCGAAUGACCAAGGGUUCACUGGGUACACUGAAGUGGAGCUUUUCAUCUCAGACGAGAAUAUUAGCAAAAUGGAGAACAUUCUAGACACGUGGACCCAAAAAUUGAAGACCAAUGUGCUGAGGGAGCUGAGGAAGUGGAGGGUGGCCUUCGUAGAUCAACACAGGCGAGAGAUGCAGAGGGAGAGGGAGAUUCAUUUAGGCCAGAAUGAGGCCUUGAAGACUGAGCUGGACAGCCUGAAGGAACUGCUACACACGUAUGAGACUUCCAACAAGAGAAAGGAUGAGAUGAUUAGAAAUCUGAGCGUGGUGUUGAGCAGACAAAAACAGAAGCUUGAAAAGAUGAGAGCCUUCACCCAAUGGAGACUUCAGUACAGCGAGGCCAAAGAAGAGGCCCACGCUUGCCAGAUAGCGCGGCAACACUUCCAUUUGCGUCUGAAAAGGAAGGCGUUGUUGGCAUGGCACUCCCUCACCCAGAAAGAGUGGAAGGACAGGAUGGAGCAGGCGUGCCGCGCAAAGGCUGAAGAGGUGUGCACCCACCUCUCGGAAAAUUACGAGGCGCAGAUUCAGACGAUGAUUUCAGAACACAACGAGGCUCUCGAGAAGUCACAAGCCGAGAUUGAGAGACUGCAACUUGAGCGAGAACGCCGAGAAGUGUGUAUGAGGAAAGCCCUGAUGAGGGGCGUGUGCGCUCUCAACAUGGAGACACUGCACUUGUUUAAUCCCACAGACGGAGAGCCCCAAGACCCGGGUGAAUAUGACCCCAACUCACCUCCUGAUGAUGAUCCUGAUGGUUCUGAAUUGGCUCAGGUCCAGCCACGUCCUGCCCGCAGCCCGGCACAUUUUGACCGCGCAAGAUCUCCUCCGCACCAUGAAGACAGCGGCAACAGGAUGGGUUUUGGAGCACCAAGAUCUCAUACUGAAUUUCCACCUGCCACUUCAGCUGCACACACUGCAGCUGGGCACGCUGCAGCCAAGGUUGCUGCAGGUAGGCACCCUGCACCCCGGCAUGCUUCAGCUGGCCACUCCGCACCCGGGCACGCCGCACCCGGAUACGCCACGCCCGUGCACGCCGCACCGGGGCACGCUGCACCGGGGCACUCUGCACCCGGGCACACUGCACCGGGGCACGCUGCAUCCGGGCAGGCUGGAUCCGGGUACUCUGCACCCGGGCACGCUGCAUCCGGGCAUGCUGGAUCCGGGUACUCUGCACCCGGGCACGCUGCAUCCGGGUACGCUGCACCUGGGCACGCUGCACCCGGGCACAGCUUAUUCCCACACGGGGCAGGUCCUGGCUUCCACAAACAGGCCAGUGGGGGUGUGGUGAUCGCCAGCCAACAAAAACCUACCAAAAGUUUGACAGCUCGCAGCUCCACGCAGCAUGUUGGCAAGAGUGUACGCAGCAAUCUAGACUCUGUGAGUGUGGCUGCACCUAUGAGCUCCACUGCUGUCGACUACCAUCAUCCUAUGACACAGCAAACUCUUGGUCAGGCAACCGCCUCCAAAUUUCCUCGCUCCUCUCAACAGGCUCCCUGCGCCACUGGAGGCUGGGCUUUGUCCAGAAUGCACACCAGCACCUACUCCCCACCACCUUGGGAUGAGCCUGGCUCGGCAACAUUGGCUCAAGGUCCUGUUGGUAGCCCGGUUCACUUUGACCACCCAGAGUCUCCUGACCCCCAUGAAGACGACAGCAGGAUGGGCGUGUGGUACACCGGUGAAGUCCUCCCUGCCACUUCAGCAGCUCACAGUUCAGUCCCACAAGGGGGCAGCACUGGUUUCCACAAACAGGUCUCUGGGCGUACGGUCACAGCUGGCCAACAGAAACCGUCGAAAACUAUCACGGCUCGCAUCACGACCCAACCAUUUGCUGGUAAGAGUGUACGCAGCAAACUCCAGGUGAUGGGUAUGACUCCGCCCAUGACCUCCAUUGUCGUAGAACGCCACCAACCAAUUGCACAGCACACUAUCGGUCAUCCUUUUGCUACCAAAUCUGUUCGCGCCUCCCAACAGGGUCCCCGCACACCCACUGUUGUGAAGACUUCCUCCAGAACAAACACUUGUAAUGUACAAUCUAUCAAAGUAGUCGACUAGUUACACCCACACACCCCUCAGCCACCCCUCACACAAACGAUCAUUGACUAGAAGAAGUUUUACCUACUAUGCAACAACUGUGAUUCUUACUGUGGACGUAGCUUUACAAGUUUUUAUUUAGGGGCAAAGGGAAAUUGAUCAAUUAUUCCUCGGAACCUCACUGAUGUUUGUGGUUGGAUCUACACAUGUAAGAUAUUUUAAAGGUGCAGUUUUCAAAAUGGAAUUUUAUUGAACUUAAUGUUUACUUGAAUAUUCAGGAACAGGUGCAUGUAUAAAGACAUACUGUACUUUUCAGUGUGUCAUUGAACAUCAAACCAAAGCCCUCUUGUUUGUAUAUGACCUGGUGCUUUCUUUUUACAUAAUAAAUUAUUUUAGCGCUA